GGGGCGGGGCGGGGCAGCGCUGAGGGGAGCCCCGGGGGAGGCGGGGCCGCGGCGUUCCCGGCAGGCGCUGCGCGGGGCAGUGGCGGCGCCAUGUCGGUGGCCUUCGUGCCCGAGCGGCUGCGCGGGAAGGCGGAGGUGAACCAGGAGACGCUGCAGCGGCUGCUGGAGGAGAACGACCAGCUGGUGCGCUGCAUCGUGGAGUACCAGAGCAAGGGCCGGGCGACCGACUGCGUGCAGUACCAGCACAUCCUGCACAGAAACCUCAUUUACUUAGCCACCAUUGCUGACGCUACGCCCCCCGACACGCAGAAGGCUGCAGACUGACGGUGUGCACCUGCCCAAACGCCGUGAUGGUUUGGAGAAGCUGUAGGAACACUUGUAUAGAGCCCCACCUCAAGAGCUGAGAAGGCGUAGUCCUGAAAGGCUGGUAAAGAGGCAUACUUCUAUGUUAAAAAUAUGAGUGGAGGUCCUUUAUGUAGUACUAGAAUAGGUGUUUCGCCUGUUAUUAUAAGUAGAGCUUCAGGGAGGUAACUGUCACAUUUUUUUCUCUACGAAAAUUGUAGUAUAUUUCUGAGAGGAGCAUGAUGGUGGGGACAGCAGCACCAGUGCUGCUCUUCUAAGACUUGUGUCUUCAGUGAGGCAGCAACUGUUACAUGACUUAGAUUGUGUAACAGUAAGGCAAGCCUUGAGUUUCUCUCUAGGUCCUAAGUGACCAUGGUGGGUGCUGUCAAAUAGGUAAGCAAUAGACUGGUUUGUUAUAUUUUACCAUAAAUAUUAUGCUUAAACAAAAUGAUUUUUUAUGUAAGAAGUGUAGUCUGGAUUAAUGUGACACAUUCACUAAAACUCUGUUAAAUAGGAACUUUCAUAGGAAAGAUGGGGCUGUUGCAUAGCGGAAGGCAGUUAAGCACAAGGGCGAAUUGUAACCUCUAGUUGAGUGAGCUGGGCUUUUGCUCCACUUGCAUCAGGAUUUCUCAUUCCUGCUUGAAAUGUUCUGUAUUAUAGACUCUGUGAACAAGUAAAUUUUGCAAAAUGGA